AUGAAAGAACUGCCUGAAACAAUUGAGGUGUAUCACGAACUCGUAGGAAGACAAAUCCAAGAUAUAUUACAAGAGAAUAGAGAGCUUAAGAUGAAGCUCGAAAAACAAGAAAACCAGCUAAGGUCUAUCAGAAUACAAUACAAAUCAGACAUACAGGCUUUGAGGGAUGAUGCUAGCGAUUUGGAAGCCGUAAAUAACGAAUUUAAGGAAAUCAUUCGAAAUAUUGGCGUGCCGCCAAAAAAUAAGACCCAAAAGGUCAGAGUAUUCCAAGAUAGAAGAGAAAGAUUACCAAUGACACCUCUUACAAAUAAGAAACGAAAAUUAAGUGAAUCUAAUGAAAGCAUUUCAGAAGACGAAUCACCAUUGAGUCAGACAGUGAAGCCAUCAACACAGCCAAUCUCAGAUGUGAAAUAUGCUACAAAUCACCCUUUACAGUUACCCACACAGUAUUCAUCGGACUCAACUGCCUCUAUUGAAAGACCAGUAUAUAAUAAAGAUAACAACGGAUCACCCCGGUUAAUGUAUCAGGGAAAGCCGUUUGAUAGAGAUGACUUCACCGAUUCACAAUUCGAUAUGUUGCCAACACAAUACUCGUCUCAGGAUAACGAAAAUGAAAUAGAUCUUUCGAAGAAACUGGAUAAUGCAUCACAAAUAGUAGUUAAAGAAGAGAAUAAAGAAAACUUUGAUGAAAUAGAAGACUCUCAGGACGAGUUCCCAUUAGACAGCUUUGAGCUUAUCAAAAAGCCUCCAAUUAAAGUUAAAAGAGAACCGCUUGAGAAUAUUACAUCGAAGUUUAAUUCGCAAUCACAAUCGCAAUUACAUCCUAAAGUUCCAAGCCAUUAUACAAAGCUCCAGAGGAGAGCAUACUUGAAAGAAUACUACGAGUCAAAAUUUAAGCAUUCACCUGGGUUCAAGAUCGACCUCAAUUCUAAUCCCAUAAAUGAAAUGGAAUGGAUCAUUAACGAUUUCAAACCGAACCCCAAUUAUGUAAAAUCGAAUCAAGUAAAGGGAAAUGCUCUUUCAAAAAAUGACCAGAACAAUGUCGAUAGAUUCUAUCAAUUGGCCGGCCCAUUACCAAAGGUUCCUCAAUUAACAUGGAAUAAUGAAGUGAUAGAAAGCGACAAUGAUUCAAUAGGCUUAUCAGAAUCGCAGGUUUUGGAUAAAUACCCUUCGCCUCCCGGAUUCAUGGUAAGUGAAUUCCCUGAUACUCAGGAACAGCAUAUGCGCAAUCGGAUAAUCGAUGAACGGCAGGAAGAUAGAAUAAAGAGGAGAGUUAAGCAAUGCAUACGAAGUUCUAGGAAUAAAAAUGGUGAAUUUAUUUUCCAAGUAGAUAUUUUGAAUAAGUUCGCUCAACAAAAUAGAUUCAAUUACGAUUAUUAG